GGAAAAGAAAGCCACCAGACAUGGCUUUCACCUUUCCUCUUCUCUCUCUAGGUCUUCAACCUAUAUGGCUUCCUCCUUCUUCUGCUCCACCUCUCUAAGCCCAACCUAACCCUAACCCUAACCCUACUCUUCUACCUUCUUCUUCUUCUUCUCCUUUGAGUUUUUUCUUUACCUUUCCUUUCAUGGAAGAGUUCUCUCUCUUAGGAGGCUUCAUGUGCCCACCAUCAUCAUCUUCAACUCCAGCUCAACCCUUGAUGAAUAUGCAUCCUCAUCAUCCUCAUCAUCAUCACCACCACCACCAUCAUAAUACUAACCCUAACUCCAUCAUGAAACCAGAAGCUUCAAGUUCAGCACAGCAAGAUGGUACAACAAGAGACAAUGAAAUCAAGGCGAAGAUCAUCUCUCACCCUCAGUACUCAGCUCUUCUCUCUGCCUACCUUGAUUGCCAAAAGGUUGGUGCUCCUGCUGAUAUUGUUGCCAAGAUGGAGGAGAAGCUACGUACUGUUUCUUCUUGCCGCCAUGAUACUUCCACUCCUACCAUCUCUGAUCCAGAGCUUGAUCAGUUCAUGGAAGCAUACUGUGAUAUGUUAGGGAAGUAUAAGGAUGAAAUCUCAAGGCCAAUACAAGAAGCCAUGGAUUUCCUCAAACGAGCUGAGUCACAACUCAACUCCAUCACUAAUGGCACUGUUUCUUGCAUCUUCUCUCAUGAUGACAAAUGUGAUGGAGUUGGCUCCUCUGAUGAUGAUCAAGAUGGCAGUGGAGGAGAAGCAGAGCCGCCCGAGAUCGAUCCCCGAGCUGAAGAGAAAGAACUCAAGCACCAUCUCUUAAGGAAGUACAGCGGCUACCUUAGCAGCCUACGGCAAGAAUUAUCGAAAAAGAAGAAGAAAGGGAAGCUGCCGAAAGAAGCCAGACAGAAACUUCUUAGUUGGUGGGAACUACACUACAAAUGGCCGUAUCCAUCGGAAACCGAAAAGGUGGCAUUGGCAGAAUCAACCGGACUUGAUCAAAAACAGAUUAAUAACUGGUUUAUCAACCAAAGGAAGAGGCAUUGGAAGCCAUCAGAAGACAUGCAAUUCGUCGUCAUGGAUGGUUAUCAUCCACAGAAUGCUGCUGCUUUCUACAUGGAAGGACAAUUCAUGGGCGAUGGCCCUUAUCGACUCGGUCCCUGAUCGAUCUCAAUGUAUGUAUUUAUGUAUGUAUGCUUGCGUGCACCAUUAUCGCAAUUCUCCUAUAAUUCUUAGUUCUGUUUAUCCUUUGUCAUCACUACUGUUUCUAAGUGUAAUUAGAAAAUGUUAUUUAUAUAUUUCAUGUAAUUUUAACUUAUUAUUA